AUGGCAACUCCACCCACACCACAGGCUCUUCGUAGUCUUUACGCCUCGACCUUGCGAACUGCCCGGUCAUUCAGUUCAUAUAAUUUCCGAGAGUACUUCGUCCGGCGAACGAAAGAUGAAUGGAAGCCAUUGAAGACCUCAAAGUUAGAUGACAUGCAGCUGUCGUCAUUUUAUAACAACGCCGUCCAGGAGCUUGCGGUGCUCCGACGGUCAGCAAUCGUUAACCAACUAUAUGGGGGCUGGAAGCUCGUUGUUGAGAAACAGAGCCCGAAGCGGUUGCGCGGCGUGAACUAG